UUUAUUACCUUAUAUUCUGAAGAAUUUCUGCAUAGCAAGAUACCAUAAUAUACUUGGUAAAUUUAUUCUGUAAUAGGAAAGUACCACUAUUUUUCAGGCCAAUUUAAACAACUCUUGAAUGCAAAGAUUCUAGAUGAGUUUUUUACACACAUGGUUUGGUUUGUACAUUCCCAGAUAAUAGGUAUUGCAUUAAGGUAAGUAAAGAAAAUGAAGAGUUACAUAAGUGGGGGUAAGUGGUAUUUGGAUGGGAUUUCCACUCAUGUCACACUAUCCUAUAUGAUGAUUUUCUUUAUUAUAAUACAAGGUCAUUAAUCUCCUUACAUUAGAAUUCCAAAAAUUGAUUGUAAAGGCUUUUCUAAGUGGCUAGUACAGAGUGAACUAUCAGAUAUUGAUAUCAGCUGAUGCCAAUGAAGCAUUUUAACUGCUGUUAGAUUGCUCCUUAAUUCAAAUAUUUACAUACCAGUUACUCACACCAUGAACAACAGUAAAACUUUAUUUUUGUUGGUCCUCAAGACCAAUGUCACAGUGAUAAUUCUGUCUUCCUGGUUACAGAUUCACUCUCUAUUCACCACUUAAACUGUGAUCAGAGUCUAAAAUAUGACUAGUUGUAUCCUCUCUAUUUAGGAUUUUUAUGUACUUACUUAUUCCUAGAUUCACCUAUAUAUGAACUGAUGAUCAGUAUUAGACAUAUUUGCUGUAUGACUUUAAUUCAGGUUUUAUAAAUAAUAAAAUAGUGAAAUUAAAGCUAACAUGCAGACCCAGAGAAUGAGGUUGGAAAGCCAGUAUUUCUUAAAAGCCUUUGAAAUGACCUAAAAUUUUCUCUUGUUGGUUUCUCUCUUCAAAAUAACUCUCACUUGGUAAAAAUCGCAAUCAGCAUGAGCCAAAAAUGGAGACAGCGCUGGACCAUUACAUCUCCAGUUGUGCCAACAGAUGAGGAGGAAGACAUUGAGUUGGUUCGAGUUACACAAACCUCAAUGCUUGUUUGCCUUCCAGCUGAAAUUCUGGUUGUUAUUGCCAAGUUCCUGUCAGUAAAAGAUCUUCUCUCCUGUUCAGCAACUUGUGUUCGUCUGAGGGCUGUCUUCAAUGAUGACUUUAUCUGGAGAAGAUUCUGCAAACCAAAUGUCAUCAAGUAUCUCAACAUUGCCAAACAAAAUAACGAGGUUGAAUACAAUAUUUCUUCCUUGACACACAAUUUAGACCCAAUCUGCAGCAAACGUAUGGAUUAUAUCAAACAAAACCAGCUGCUAUCUAACUGGAAAAAUGGAAAAUUUGUAGAGCACAAAGUUUAUUCUGCCAGUGGUCUCUAUUAUAUGUGCUUAAAGAGUGGUAUAGAAAUCAUUUAUGAGGAUAUGUACUUAUUUCUGUAUGACUUUUAUGCACAUAAUAUUGUGGUUUGGAAUAUUGAAGACACUCCAUUACGUUAUACUGAUAUCCGCUUACUUUAUCACAAUUUCUUUUAUGAGGGGCUUCAUUAUGAAAUUGUUGGUAGGAAACUAGUUGUGUUUGAGGUUGGAAAGCUCAUUCAGAUUUAUGAUAUCAAUCUUCCGGACAAGAUACUGCCACUUGUCGGUUUAAUAUUAGUUGACCAUGAAGUACCACUUGAUAAAAUUCCAGAUUUCAACAGUCCAGAUGAUAUGUACUCUGUUUGCUAUCAUAGAGUUAUCGAAAACAAAAUUUAUAGUCACAAAAUUGGCAAGCCCGUUGUACAUGUAUGGGAUGUUGAAACGUGUACCAAAAUCAGGGCUUUAAUGGCACCAAAAGAGGGUACAGAUUUUGAGAUACUUUGUGCAGCAAAUAACGGCAAUGAUUUGGUUCUUUGUCUUGAAAUUAAUGAUGCCCAGAGGCAAUUUAAUCCACUAGGUACAGUGUAUGAAGUUCUCAGCUAUAGCUUUUCAAGAGAUUUCUUUAAAACAAUAUGGACCAAUAAGGAAGGUUCUUCAGUAGUUUAUAUACCUUUCCACGCAGUUUUGCAUGAAGAUACAGUUAUUUUGUUUUGUCGCCUCAAUAACUACUUUAUAGAAGACACCUCUUUGUCCAAAACUGUUUUGGUACUCUACGACUACAAAUGGGGAGUAAUAAUUGGAGAAAAAGCUUUCCCUGAGUUAGUUUGUCAUCGGCAGACAAAAGUAGUUAACAAUCAAUUGCUGCUAGCCACUGCCUUCUGUUUGUAUGUCUUGGACCUCUACACCCAGGAUGUUGUAUAUUCUUUCAAAUUUGACAAUGGUAAAAUAGAAUUAUUGAAUGUAUUUGAUGGGAAUUUUAUCGUUACUACACCAAAGUCAUUGUUAUGUGUGUCUAAAACGAAGUUGAAAGAGGUGUGGGAUGUCAGAAAUAGAAGACGAUGUAUGUAUAUAACUUAUGUAUUUACAAGCCCUCAUACAAAGGAUUCAGUUUUUGUCAAUCAGUCAUUUACAAAAAUGAUUGUAGUUGGAAAAGGAACCUUGGGUGUUUUAAAUUUCUGGUAAAUUAAAAAAAAAGGAAAGCACACUUGUAGACUUUUUAUUUAAUAAAUACUGAGGGACCAAUAA